AUGUCACAGAACCCCAAAGAUUAUUACAACACAACAGAUUAUGUACCAUCAUCAUCAUCCAGUGGAUCGGGUGAUGCCAAGCCUACAACUACUACUACUACUACAAGUAGCGGGGUGGUUGUGCAUAAACCUGACCAAGUGACAGCGUCACCUAUUGGACCUCCACCACCUUACUCACCACCACCCUCGAACCAUCCUACACGUAGCACGGCUACUGCUGUUCCUAUGACGUAUGGAGCUCUUGGUGGAGAACAACAACAACAACAAUACCCAUCCUCAUCCUCUUCCAACAGGCACGAAAUACCAUCACCAGCACAAGCACCACCAAGAAACCAAAAGAACAAGAAACAAAAGACGUUGAGUCAACGACUAAAAAAGCUAUUCAAGAAAGCAGCUGCUGGUAGUGGUAGCCAUGGCAACGGUGAUAGUAGUGAUGAUGACGACGAUGAUGAUGAUCAUGAUGUACCAAGGGUGGUGACACGGCGUUGCAAACGAUGGGCCAAGUACCUACUGCUUGCCCUGUUUAUUGCGUUGGCGGUUUGGAAGUACAGUGAUCUUGGUUCAUCCACAACACCACCUCCAUUGAUUUCAUGCGAAGGGCUCUCUGCUGUUUAUUGGGAUGAUUUACCUCACGAGCUUGCUGUUGAAAAGAACAUUGAUGUCUCCGUAGAAGGCAAAGUGACUGGGGGUCGUGUGAUGGUGCAUCGAUUGCAGCAAUCUGGCGACUCGGGAUCGGUCCAAGCACGAUUUCGCGUUGCCCCGCCAACAGCUUUAUCAUCUCUUUCAUACUCAUAUCAUCAAGGACGUGAUGCCCAAUUAUCCAUAAAGCUCCCUCCUCAAGAGAGUGAUGUAUGUGUCGAGGUCGAUAUGGAUAUUUGGUUACCAGAAAAAGGUGAAGCGCUACGUGUUGCUGUGCCGAAUGUGGAAGUGCAGUUACUUGACCCCCUUGAAAACAUGGAUCUUGUUGAUGUGCACGCUACCAAUGGCCCAAUCCAUAUGCUUGGUGCAUUCGAAGGCAAGGAAUUACGUCUCAAAUCAUCCAACGGUAACAUCCAAUUGGAUCAACCUGUCAAGAAAGCCGAUAGUGUGGAUUUGCAUACAUCCAAUGCUGCCAUCACAGUGGAUACGAUCACCAGCAAACAUUCUAUUGAUAUGCUUGUGGAUGGUUCAGGAAGCAUCAUGGCCCAAGAUCUCAUUGCCGAUGACAAGGUGAGCCUGCAUACCGCCAAUGAUCAAGUGCGUGUCGAUAGCAGUAUCAAUGCAGCCACAGUGGUCAUUGAGAAUUCGAAUGGCGCAAUCGAUAUUGCACGUGCUGGUGGUGAUGUAGCAUCCUUUGUUGCCAAAACAUCCAAUGCAUACAUUCAAGUGGCACAAUUGCAAACUGAAAAAGAUGCUCAACUCAACCUUGAAUCCAGUAAUGGGCCGAUCACUGCCCAUGUGACAACCGAAUACGAAGGCACAUUCUUGGUAAGCACUUCGGCCUUCAGCACGGCCAAAGUAGAGGAUGUCAAGAAUCAGCUUCAUUAUGACGUGGAGGAGACAAGCACAAAACAAGGAUAUCGAUCGAAACGUGAUAAAGGAAACCUCGUAGCCAAAACAAGCAAUGCGGAUGUACAAGUGAUCUUUGAUGUUUGA